UUCAAUAAGCGAUUACCAUGAGCUCGCCGCAACAGAAGCAAAACAUACAUUUCGUCUAUCUCACAGAUCCAACUAAAGACAGUGCAAUAUCGUCUCACAGAGCUGCAAAAUCACAUGCUGCGCGUCACGGCCAUGCAAGAGUACGUAGGCAUAGAAUGAACAAGUACCAACAGCAGAAGGAUAAACAUGAAGGGGGCAAUCAAGUACCACAUGCAUCCGCCUCAGACUCAGCGGUAAGCGCUGGCCGUACAGGCUCUGCGGAAGCCUCAAGUUCCAGCCAUGCGAAUGAAGGUGGUCGUGAAAUAAUUCUAUACCCUCCUCGCGCAUCUCAGCCUCUUUUUUUGGAAACGUCAACGAUUUCUUCAUUCCAUAAGAAUGUAUACUCUGUUCAUGGCCUUGAGUUCAACCGCACAGAGCAAUUUCUUUUACACCACUAUGUAACCUUUGUUAUUCCCUUUGGCAAGCGGCAUUGCAGAAAAUACACAAAUUCUGAUGUAUGGAAACGCUUCAUGCUCACGGAACUGAUUCCUCUCGCGCUAUCAAACUCUGGAUUGCUAAGCGCAAUCUUGCUCUCUUCUUGCCGUAGCCUUUUUAAGCAAGAGCAAAACAAAUAUUAUGUAGAGUUAGCUACUUACUAUAAGUUAGCUUGCUUACGGUCUAUGAGUGAACUACUUGCAUCGCAGAAUCGCCAGGUGAGUGACUCAGCCAUCGCCCAGGCUUCUUUGCUCGCUGCAGAUGAGAUCAAUAUUGGGGAUAGAAAUACGUCAAAGCAGCACAUGGAUGCUGCUAAAAGCAUGGUUGAUCUGAAAGGAGGAAAUGACAAGCUUGGUUUAAAUGGUUUUCUCGGCGCUCUGGUAGAUACCUUAACCUGCGCAGUAGCACUUCGGAAUCCAAUUGCAACCCACAUACCAGAACCUUAG